AUGCUGCAAGCGCAGGAGUGUUUGCCUGGGCCCAGUGUCAACGGCCUCAAGGCGCCAGCAACGGAUCACGGCAAGAUUGUAAUCGAUCCGUGA